UUCAAAGCCCUCCCAGAAAAAUAUCCAUUCCCUCAAGCCCCAAUCUCACUCUAGAGAGAGAGAGAGAGUGAGAGUCUGUUCUGGAAAGGUCUGAUCUCUUUCUGUUGGUAAUUAUUAGGGUUUUAAGUGUUGUGGUGAUUGAAAGGUGCUGAGGAGAAAGUCUCUGUACUUUUUUUUUCCUUCUUCCUCUGGGUUUUGGCUGCCUUUACUGCUAAAUCUGAUAGUUUAUUGCAGAGAAUAAAGCACCGUUUACAUUUAUCAACCCCAAAACUCUUCUUGCAAAAUCACCUCUUGAUAAUCAUCCGAGCAUCUGCUUUCUGCCCAUUUCAAUAAAUUGACAAGGAAUAGUUUGUGAAGUGUGGAUUUUUGAAAAGUGUGAUUGCAGUAUGGGUUAUCUUUGUGAUUUUUGUGGGGAGCAAAGAUCCAUUGUGUACUGUCGGUCUGAUGCAGCUAGUUUAUGUUUGUCCUGUGACCGCAAUGUCCAUUCUGCAAAUGCCCUUUCGAGACGUCACUCGAGGACACUAGUUUGCGAAAGGUGCAAUUCUCAGCCAGCUUUUGUUAGAUGUAUUGAGGAAAGGAUAUCUCUUUGCCCGAAUUGUGACUGGGUGGGGCAUGCUGGUUCAAAUGUAAGUCCUGCACAUAAGAGGCAAGCUGUUAACUGUUACUCUGGUUGCCCCUCAGCUGCAGAACUUUCUGCAAUUUGGUCGUUCCUCUUAGAUUUACCGUCAGUUGGAGAUUCUACUUGUGAGCAGGGGAUGGGUUCAAUGAGCAUUUCUGAUAACAAGCCAAGGGAUUGUCAAGGUUCCCAAGGAAAGAACAAUACUCAAGAUGCAUCCUUUCUGGUAGAAGAUAGUGACCUGAAUAACAUGGAUGUGAAUAAAGCAACAGUUUGCAUAGAAUCAUGCACUUCACUUGACCCCAAGUUACAGAAUGCGGAUCAGCUGGCUGGAUCUUCUAACUCUGUUAUGCCCAAGGUCUUCUUACCUGGAGAGAAGGGGCCUGUUGAAUGUGAGGAUGAUGGUUUCUAUGAUGAGUUUAAUAUGGAUGAGGUUGACUUAAGUAUUGAGAAUUAUGAAGAACUUUUUGGUGUAGCUCAUAAUCCUGAAGAUCUUUUUGAUAAUGAUGGAAUUGAUGGAUUAUUUGGCCUGAAGGACAUGUCUGGAUCUGACUGCCACGGUGCUUACCCUGAGGGAUCAUCAGUUGGAGGAAUGAAGAUGCAACCAGCAUGUAGCAAUGCAGCAUCUGCAGAUUCAGUUGUCAGCUGUAAGACCGAACCCAACUUGUGUUUUACAAGGCAAGCACACUCCAGCCUCUCAUUUUCUGGCCUUAAUGGAGAGACUAGUGCCGCUGAUUAUCAAGAUUGUGGAGUGUCUUCAAUUGUAAUCAUGGGAGAGCCACCAUGGGGUCCUCCAGGCCCUGAAAGUUCUAUUCCCCCCUCUAGCAGGAGUGAUGCUGUCAUGCGUUACAAGGAGAAGAAGAAGACACGAAAAUUCGAGAAGAAAGUAAGGUACGCAUCUCGCAAGGCAAGAGCAGAUGUAAGGAGGCGGGUAAAGGGACGGUUUGUCAAGGCUGGUGAUGCGUAUGAUUAUGAUCCAUUGAGCCAAAGCCGAAGCUGCUGAGUAAAAUCUCCAGCUCUUCGAUUAAGGAAAGGAGAGAUCAACACUAAAUUGGGGAUACUAAAUGAAUGAAUGCAUUAUUUGCCCUUGCGUGACCAAUUGUCUGGUUGUGUUGCAGGGGUUAAAUUGAUAUUUUCAUAUAGAGCUGGUUAAAAGCAACUGAUUUCUCUGUUUCUCCUGCAAGUCCUACAUACACAUAUUGAUCAUGCCAAGAAAGGAGGAUAUCUUACUACGUUGCCAGCUAGAGUAGAUUAUUACUGCCUAUGAAAGGGUUGAAGCUAACAUGGUCGGCCAUCUCUUCUAGGUACAGAAUCCGGUUGUAACUCUGGCCGGUAUUCUUUGAUCUAAUAUGUUUCUGUCUCUUCCUGCUACUCCUGGUAUCUCUAUCUGGGUGCCAAAAAACUGUGAGAUGGCAAAGAUUUACCAUCUGAAGAUUCGACCAUUGUUUGGACAUUUCUGAGAUCAAGGUACUCCAUGUCCGGACCUUGGGUAGCGCGAAUGACUACAUAACGAGAAAAGCUUUGUCCAAAAAACAGCAGCAUUGGUAUUGUAUUCUAUUCUUUUCGUCUUCUUCAGUUAGUCUGGAUAACAUGUACAGCAUAAGUUCAUCCGAUACACGUUAGGAUGAUUGCAAUCUGCAGACACUUUAUAAUUCCCAUCUUAACUUAUUCAUUGUAAAUGUGAGGAAAAUUUGGUACUCA